AGUACUUCAGUGUGGAUUUGUGGUGAUUAAAGCAAGAUGGAUCAUUCUCUGUUCGGCUGCCUGCGGAACCCGCAUGCUCCAGCCCAGACUCUCCACCCAGCCUUCACCCAGUCCUCACUGGCAUUGCAUGGCCGCUCUGAUCACGUCUCCUACCCUGAUCUACCCGGACCCUCACCGCCGUGCAGCUACACAGGAGAGGAGGGAGGUUUCGGAGGGCUUCAUGCACGCAACCAUCCUUCUCAGCAGCUGCCCCAUCAUCAACAGCAUCAGGCCGCCUGGCAUGUCCAGCAGAUGCCCUCACCUGGCAGCACCCGUCAUGCCGCAUGCCUUCCACACCCUGACACUCCAUCAGCAGAGCUGUGUACAUCUGGAGGAACAGCGGGUCAGAAUAUGUGCACAGCAAACACAAGCCUAGGAAACACUGACCCAGUGGGAGCAGUGUGUGGGUCUGGGGACUACAGGCAGCAAACCAUGUCACCCGUAGAACCAGAGAGGAGGAACAGUAAAGGAAAGAGCGACAACUCGGAUUCCCAAGACGGGAGCUAUAAGUCAGACGUGAGCAGUAAGCCCAGGAAGGAGCGCACAGCAUUCACCAAGGAACAGAUUCGGGAACUGGAGUCAGAGUUUGCCCACCACAACUAUCUGACACGGCUAAGACGUUACGAAAUUGCUGUCAACCUUGACCUCACAGAGAGACAAGUGAAAGUGUGGUUUCAAAACAGGAGGAUGAAGUGGAAACGAGUGAAGGGAGGACAGCAGGGAGCUGCAGCGCGAGAGAAAGAACUGGUGAAUGUAAAGAAAGGAACCCUGUUGCCCUCCGAGUUUGCUGGCAUGGUGGGACUGCAUCACCCUGUAGGCUCCCCGGCCAACGAAGACGACAGUCACGACAGUGACCACAGCUCUGAGCACGCUCACUUAUGACCAUCUGGAAACUUCCACCUGAACCUUACUGUUUUCCUCAGGAACCGACAUUCUUAGGAUUCUAGGGCCUUUAAAACCAGAGCCAGAUUUUAGCAUUUCCUAAGAAUCUGCAACGUCUUUAAGAUGGCAAGACUGGACACAGACAAAGAAGCAGACAAAGGAAAAAUUUAAAAAGGACUGGGAUUAUGGAUGAAGAUAAAUGACGGCAGGUUUUUUUUUUUUACAUGUGAGUUGUAGCUUUAAAUU